AUAAAAUAGAAUAGAAAAAAAAUUAUCUUAUAAUGCGUAUUAAUAAAGGUAGGAAUCGUAUGGAGACUGAUAACAUCAUUGAGUUGACAAGCAUAUCUGAAGUUUGCAAGCUUGUUUUGUGCACCUUUCUCAAGAUUAGCGCUCAGAACUGCUCAGUGAAAGAAUAAACUCUUGCAAUUCACACUAGUGAUAUCUUUUUAUUAUGCUAUCAUAUUGGUAUAAUAAAGUCUAUAGUUAAAUGAAGAAGAAUAAUCUUGAGAUAAUUAUCAAAAAAGAUAAGUAAUCUCUGACAGCCAAUAACAUCGUUGAGUGGACAAGCAGAUGUGAAGUUUGGAAGAUCGUUUUGUGCGCCUCAGUCAUAGCUGAGCACUACGAGAAUAAACUCUUGUUUUUAAUACUAAUGCAAUUUACAUUCAAAAGCUCAGUGUGUUUGGAUCAAGAACAUCACCAAGGACUGUGAGAUUAGAAAAAUUCAAUCGAGGGGAAAAAGAUAGCACAAAAUUUGAACGUACAGAAGUCAAAGGAAUUGUAUUUGGAAGAAAAAAGUGUGAAAAAGUCUACGAUGGAGUGGUUAAUUCUGAUAUUUACGCUUCUUUUUGGGUACCUUGUCACAAGAUAUGUACUUUGGCGCAAAUCGCAUAAACUGAAAAAACUAGGAGUGCUGCAUCCAAAACCUUGGCCUGUUAUCGGCAACAUAACUUCGUUGGUGUGUUUGAGAAGUCACCUAACAGAGAUGAUGUGCGAUAUAUACAAAUUCAACGAAGAAGCGGAUUACGUUGGAUUCUACAGCUUCACCGACCCGAUAAUCCUGAUAAGAUCACCGAACUUGAUAAAGAAUAUAGUCAUAAAAAAUUUCGAUCAUUUUACAGAUCAUACUACUUUUCUGGACCCGGAAUUGAACUCGCUGUUUAGUAAAAAUCUGGCGUCUUUGCGUGGUGAGAAAUGGAGAAAAGUGAGAAAUCUUUUAAGUCCAGCAUUCACCGGUAGCAAAAUGAAGAGCAUGUUCAAAUUGAUAACGAAAUGUGGUCAAAACUUCGUAGAUUAUUUGGUGGAGGUUCAAUCACAAAAACCGGAGCUCAUCGAAUCUAAAGAGACUUUCACGAGGUACACGAACGACGUCAUAGCCUCUUGCGCAUUUGGUGUGAGCGUUGAUUCCAUGAGGAAUCCGAAAAACGAAUUUUACCUAAUGGGCAGAGAAGUUUCGAAUUUUGGAGGACUUAGAGGAAUAAAAAUAGUGUUGGCCCGGCUGCUUCCAAAUGUCUUCAAACUCUUUAAGCUCUCUUUGAUAUCUCCAAAGACUGAAGUGUUUUUUGAGAAUCUCAUUAAAGAGACGAUCGCAAUGAGAGAGAAGGAAGGGAUUACGAGACCCGACAUGAUUCAAUUGAUGAUGGAAUCAAGAGGAAAGAAAUGUGGCGGUGAAAAUGACGAUCAUGAUCUUACCAUUCAAGAAAUGACAGCACAAGCCUUCGUUUUUUUCUUGGGUGGUUUCGAAACCUCUGCCACAGUAAUGUGCUUCGUUGCUCAUGAAAUUGCUGGCAAUCCAGACAUUCAGACAAGGCUGAGGAAUGAAAUCGACGACGUUAUGACAGAAACCAAUGGCGACGUGACCUACGAGGCGAUCAAUGGAAUGCCGUAUCUCGAUGCUGUCGUCAACGAAACACUGAGAAUCUAUCCGAUCGGUCUCAUUGUUGAAAGGAUGUGCGUCAAGACUUUCGAAUUACCACCAGCUCUUCCAGGAGCAAAACCCAUCACGAUCGAACCCGGCCAAACAAUUUGGUUUCCAGUUUUUUCGGUUCACAGAGAUCCAAAGUAUUAUCCUAAUCCAGAAAAAUUCGAUCCCGAAAGGUUUAUGAGCACUUCCAAAACUGACAUCGAUCCUUUCACUUAUAUUCCCUUUGGUCAGGGACCAAGAAUGUGCAUCGGCAACCGAUUUGCCCUUCUCGAAAUAAAAGUACUCGUUUUUCAUCUUCUGGCUAAGUGCUAUAUAAAACCAGGCCCAAAAGCGCGUUGGCCGGUUGUAUUCAAUAAGAAAGACGCUAGUCUCAUGCCAAAAGAAGGCUUCGGACUGGAAAUCGAGCCCAGAAAUACUUCAGUUGAUGAAUAAAUACGACGAAGUAUAGAAAAGACUUUUUUUAAUAAUUGUAUUUCAUAAAAAUGAGCUUCGUUAAUUAAUAUUCAAAAAAUUAUUAAUUAGCAAAGAAUGUAACGAAAUGCAACGAGAAGGUGAAUGAAAUUUAUUAAAUGACGAAAAUUUGCUUAAACAUUAGUUUCAUCGGAGAAAUGCUGUUACCAUUUUACUCUGUUUUGUUGUUGUUGAAUAAAAUAAUAUAAAAAUGAAAUGAAAAGUCUUCUUCUGCUUCACGAUUAGCAUAAACGUUUAACGGAAACGACUAAAAAAAUAUCUUCCCAAAGAACUGAUUACAGGUAACGAAUUAACGGUGCGUCCUUCCAAAGUGGUCGCCGGCCAAGAACCUGCAAAAACAAAUGAACUGUUGCAAGCAAUUGCAAAAGCGCUGGAUAAAAAUGUAUGUUGAAAAGCUAUUGAAUUACCAAUUAAUGUGGAGGACGAUUACAAUUUUUCGAAAAAACUAUAAAUACGGUAGAAAAUUAAUUGUGAAACGAAAUCUACUUUUG